AUGUCUGCGGGCGUGUCAGCAGUCCCCGGUUACAUAAGAGGGCGGAGGCGGCGGUCGGGCGCCGGUCGCGUCACGGUUACCUCUCUGGCCAUCGCGGCAUGUCCGCCGGAGGCCGCGGGCGGCGCGCGUUCACGCCGCCAUCGUCGAGGGGCCAAGCCCGGGACUCGCGUCGCGACUCGCGGAGCACUUGAGCGGCGCUGCGCCGCGUGGGCGGCGAUCGAUGGGGGCUGCGCGCUUGCGCGGCCGACUGCUCCCGAGGCUCGCCGGGAAUAG